CCCUUGGCCGCUGUCGUCUCCCGGAAAAGGGUACGUGCCGGCAGUCAGCAUACGUCAUGGCGGCCAGACGUCUCUUUGGGGCUACGUGGACCUGGGCCGGCUGGCGGGCCCGGGAGCUCCCGGUCCCUGCCGAGCCUGGAAGGCUCCUGGUACGGGGUUAUGCCAAGAGACCGGUCAUGAAGGGGGGCAAAGGCGGCAAAGGUGGAGUGGCCAGUGAGGCCCUGAAGGACCCAGACGUGUGCACAGACCCCGUCCGACUCACCACACAUGCCAUGGGCGUCAACAUCUACAAGGAGGGCCAGGACGUGGUCCUGAAGCCAGACGCCGAGUACCCCGAGUGGCUGUUCCAGAUGAACGUGGGCCCCCCCAAGAAGCUAGAGGAGCUGGACCCCGAGAGCCGGGACUACUGGCGGCUGCUGCGAAAACAUAACAUCUGGCGUCAUAACCGUCUGAGCAAGAACCAGAAGUUCUAGCGGGGAGGGGCCGGCCGCCUGCAGCCACCGGGGGCCUCACCAGGCCCCGAAGGAGGACCCCCGCGGCGCAGAACAUCUUCUCCACCCAGCCCCCACGGAAGACUUUAUCUUCCUGGAGAAAACAGGGUUUUCUGAGAACAGAGGAGACCCCUGACCUGGUGCCUGUUUGGUCCCCACGGCGAGGCUGGAUCAGGGCCCUGGGGGACCGUCGCUGGCAGGCCCUGGCUGCUGUCUGGGUGGGCGGGCAGGGGGGUGCCUCAGGCCAUUGGCUCCAGGGGGAGGUUUUUCUAGACACGCCAUCUCGGUCACAAGGGACUCAAACCCGUUCCAAACUAUCCGAACAUGAGAGAGAGACUGAAGCGUCCAGGGCGGGCUCUGCCUUCAGGUCGCUGGACUCGGGCUUCGGUAUCCAGGUGACGGCUCUCUCUGGCUCUGGGUCCUUGUAGCCCCAGUGGGUAGUUCUGGACAGGGGUGGCCCCAGGACUCCUGGCUGACACCCCCUACCCAGUUUAGCAAGCCCAGCCAGAGGGAAGGGACUUCCUUUUCCUUCCUUUACCAAGGUCAUGUGUUCUCUGCAUUGGCCAGUUGAGCCCCAGGACCUAGGUGUACCCACUGUCCUCCUGUCACCCCACUAGUACCCAGGGCUCAACCUCCCCCGUGCCCACCCCACCAGGAAAUGCAUCCGGGAGUCUUGCAUUUGGCACCAGGAACCUGACCCACAGCCUGAGUGAGAACCAGCUCCUAGCAGUCCUAGCUUCUGCCCUGCCUGGCUAGGGGAAGGAUCGUGGGGCCCUGGGGUGAGGCCUGAGAGGGUAUGCAGUUGCAGGGGGUGGAGUGGCGGGAUGCGGGCACCACCUGGGGGGCUGGACCAGGGGCCCUCCAGGCUCCUCUGUGCUGUCUGGUCUAGCGGGGUGGGUGGGGCUGGGGACUAAUUCUGCCUCGUCCCAGGAAACCGAGAGCCCUCAUCCUCUUAGGAGGACUCUGCCAAUCGGAUUACCUGCCCUCCCUGGUGGCCCGCCCAGAGCAGGUCCCAACCCUCCCAUGGAUCCCCAUGGCUCUCAGGGUAGAAACAAAGUUGGAAUGGCCACAAGACCUGGCCAGACCUGCCUCCUGUCACCUCCCUGCUGGCACCUCGCUCACUCUACUUCAGCCCCAGGGGUACCUGGUGGUUCCUCCCACACACCAGGCUGGUCCUGCCCCAGGGCCUUUGAACAUGCCAUUCCCUCUGCCUGGGUGGUUCUUCCCGCAGGUGUUCCCAGUUUUACCUUCUCCAGUUCUCUGAUGUCACCUCCAAGAGGCCCCCAAGCACCCUGUUAAACUGUAAUCCUGCCACACACUCAGGAUUGCCUCUUGUGGUUUUAUUUUCUCAGCACUUAUAACCAGCUGGUGUUUUAUGUA